AUGACGGCCCGUUUAACAACCAUUCCUUCCAUUCCUUUGCACUACCGCUUCUGGCUGCUUCAAUCAUCCGAUGAUGAGGAGAACGGAGAAGGUGGGGAGCUUUCGCCGGCAGCUGAAGACUCCGACAAGUCUUUUGCGUAUCUGUGCCGUACUCCGUCCCCGGUGAACGGCAUAGACAUCGUUGACGACUCCAAGGACGUCGAGCGGCGGACCAACAAGCGGAUUGCGAAGCGGAACGCGCAGCGGAUGGCAACCAGGGCAUCCAUGGUGUUUGCUUCGGAUAUAGGUAUGACUUCUUCUUCUCCGGUGUCGUUGGGCACGAGUGUGGCAAAAAUCAAGUCUUUGGCAAUGCCAGUCAUGGAGCCAUCUGUUUUCAAAGAUGAUGAUGAUGGCGGCUGGACGGUGGUUCGCCGGAGGCAUCGGCCGCCGGCGAUCCCUGAUAAUAUUCCCGAUCCAAAAUUUCUGAAUAUUUCAAACAGCUCAGAUAAUUCUGAUUUGGGCCUGGUUAGGCGGGCCAGCCCAAAAAAUAAUCCGGUUCGUUGGAACCAGACGGUAGCAAGAAAUCGUUGCUCGCAGUGGGCAAGAUCGGACAGAGAUUUUGUGCCACGACAAGUCAGGGUAGGGGCCUCGAUUGCGGGGCACGCCUUCCGAAAGUUGUUAGGGUUUUGCUGGCGCAAAAAAGAGCCUGGAGAGCCGGUGUGGCGGCGGAGCGAUUUGCCGUCCGGGAUGAACGGUGAUGGUGGCCGUGGCGGUUUCAACCCUGGGCGUGGUACCUUCCACGCCGGCCGGGGUGGUUUCCAGGGUCGGGCCGGCUACCAGGGACGCGGAUACCAGGGGAGAGGCGGCUUCCAGGGCCGUGGCGGCUUCCAAGGGCGCGGUGGCGCUGCUCCGCGUGGCCGGCAGGGAGCUGGUCGUGGCGGACACCAUGCGUAUCAAGGUAACUCUGAUCAGCCUGGCUUGGGAAGUGGGGCAAAUUUUGUGCAAGGAGAAAGCAGUACCAUGGGGGGCAUGAGCAAUGAGAACCAGCGCCAACCUAGGGCUGCUAACUAUCAGCGGAACCAUGCAUUCUCUUCGGGAAGUAAUGGUGGGUAUGGUGGUCACCAACAGAGAUGGCAAUCAGAUCGGCAUUAUCAAUACCGGCCACGUGAAACUGAAUCACGAGCCACUAUUGACGCUAAUUUGCUUCAACAGACUGUACAGGCAGUCGUUGCUGCGGUCACUGCUGCAACCAAAGUCAGUGAACCAACUCAAGUUGCUCCUUCGACGGCAGCUUUGGCAGGAGGUGCGGAACAGCAUGGGAUGACAUCGGUUGCGACGUCUAAUGCAGCUCCACAAGCAACAGUUGAAGUACAAGAUAUUCAGGGGACAGGGUCCAACGCAAGAGCAGGUGAAGGACAAGGAUCUCAGAAGAAGAAGAAGGAGGAUAAGUCAGGGUGUUUCCGGUGCAAGCAACCUGGGCAUCACAUUGACGACUGUCCCACUCCUUUCUGCGAUCUAUGUGAGUCUGUGCAUCAUGCUACUAAUGCUUGCCAUCUACUUCAAUCCCCUAAGCCAACAGCAAUUCUUCAUGGCUAUGCAAAUGAGGCGCUGAUGUUUUUUGAGCUUGCUUGUGGUGCUUUUAAGGCAAAGGUGGAGAACCCAAGAUUAGCUAAGAUUACUGUUGAUGGAGAGGCUAUGACUAUUCCUGAAAUUAUUGAACAACUCAAGAAAAUUGUGCCUUCUGACAAGUUCAAUUGGGAGAUUUUUCAUCUCAAGGAUAAUAUAUAUAGGGUCAAAUUGCCAAGUAAACAGGAAGUGCAACGCCUCAAAAAUCUUGGUACCUAUAUUUGCAAUGAUAGGGAAUCUAUCUUAGUUUUUGACAUUUGGUCUUCUUUGGAGGAGCCAAUGUAUUCUUUGCCUGAAGUUUGGGUUCGAGUAACUGGUUUGCCUAGUGAUAUUAUAACUGAUUAUUUGUCUUUAUGGGGUGUGGGCACUCUUUUUGGCAAGACGCUAGAUGUGGACAUGGCAUAUACCAGGAAACAUAAGGUGCUUAGAACCAAGAUUGGAUGUUUGGACCGUAGGCUUAUUCCUAAGGACUCGGAGAUGUUCAUUAGAAGAGGCUUUUUUAAGCUAUUUUUUGAAAUAGAGGAAGCUAAUGAGGAUCAGCUGGUUGAUAUGGUUGAGAUUGACAAUGGAGGUGAUGGAAAUGAUGAUGCUGCUAAUGGUGAACAUAAUAAAGAAGGAGGUAAUGAAAUGGAUAUGGAUCCAAAAGGACAAGAUGACAAGAAUGCAUCAUCUAAUGAAGGACAAAAUGCUUCUAUUAGUGAUGGUGUCCAAGGAAUGCAAUUGGCUCAAUAUAGUCAGGAGAUUAAUAUUGGGUCAAUUAAAAUACCCCUUAGUCCUACAGGUAUAUCCACUUUGGGAUCGCCCAAGAUGGCCUCGGGAUUGGUGUCGCAGGUUGGCAGUGAGAAGCGGUACAAGCAUGCAGGGAGGCAGCAGCUGACCUCUCCCUCGGACGGGGUGCCGUCAGUCCAUGGGAAGAGCUUUGGCGAAGGGAGGUCGGCGACGUGCGGUAGCUCUGUGCGCACGGCAGCCAACGUUGGAUUGGCUGUGGCAAAUGAUGUCGUUGUGGAUGCUGGUGGAGGUCGCUUGUUGGAGCAGAAAAUCCACAUGCAUGUGUCGGCAAGUGGAGCAUCUCCUCUGUCAGCUGCUGCGGAGAACAGAAGGGGCCAGGGAUCUUCUACGCCGGGCCGGGGAAAUCUGAACGUGCAUGCGCGGUCUUGGCCGCAGAAGAUCGGACUCGGCAGUGCUCCCAGAGCUGAUGAUUGGCCAAUUGAGGGGCAAUCAUUGGAGGCACGAUUGGAUGCUGCCUCCAGAUCCUCUGUGCUUAAUGCUGCUGUAGCUUCUGGGACUUCUCAUAUUACAAUGGGUGCUUUGGAAUUGGCAAAAGAGAAUGUGGGCGAGAAGUUUAUAGUGCAUGGAGGAGAUGAGGAACUACAUGAUAAACAAGAGAGGGUGAGGAUUGCCUCGCCCCAAAAUGUCAAGGUUCCUACUGUUGAGCAAGUUAUUGCUUUUGGGGGCAUUCCUAAGCCCUCAGAUGGAGUGAGAUCUAGCACCAGACUGGGAAAUCAGAUAGAUGGGGAUAUGACACAGAUAGACAGAGCUAUGAAGAGGGCACAGAUGCGUGAUGAUCCAUUUUCUUCAGGUUAUUCAUAUGAUGGAUCACUGGGUUCAGCUAUGGGCUCUCCUUUCGCCGGAGGGACUACGGGAUGCCAUGGCUUCUGGAUGCACACGGCUCCUGACGGUCGCUCGGGAUAUCUUGUGCCAGGCUGGCUGGCGGCAUACUAGGCGGCUACCAUGAUGCCCAGUUUUAGGAUGUCCUUUUGGUUUCGCUGGUUGAUUUUUGUAUCGACUGUACGCGAUGUUUGAGUUACGACUCAUGUAAGACGUUGAUACUUGAUUAUUAAUAAAAGGCCGUGUGCAUCAUCAUGAUGCAGAAGCCGGGGUUAAACUCCCCAUU